CCCCUCCCAGCUGGACUUUGCACGGGUCUGGAUAGUCAGUAUGGAGUGACCCUCCUUGCGCCCCUUUUUUUCCAGCGCCCCGAGAGGUAAUGCGGGGUGCAAACCUGCGUCUUUCCCCGGGACGCAUCCAAACGUUGCUUUGACUCUGUAGGCGAUUGCAAGUUUGCAAGGUUUGCAAGAUGUUUGCGGGCGCCCGAUCUGCAAUCUGAAAUCAAGCCAGACAUUGAUCCAGUGACAUCCGCCAUUCAGAAAUCUGAUCGCCUGUGGCAAGCAUGUGGUUAGGACGGCCUGUCGCGGACUUGCCGACUCCGGCCUUUACGGUGGAUCUGGACGUAGCCUCGAGGAAUGCGCAGCGCAUGCGGGAGCGUUGCCAAGCGCUGGGGGUGGCCCUCAGGCCCCACAUGAAGACCCACAAGACGCUGGAAGGCGGGCGCCUCAUGACGGGGGGCUCCCUGCGGGGAAUCGUGGUCUCCACGCUGGCCGAGGCCCGCUAUUUUGCCGAUGGCGGCUUUGACGACAUCCUCUAUGCUUACCCGCUGCCCUUCGACAAGGUGGAUGAUUGUGCUGCCCUGGCCGAGAAGCUGGACGCCUUCCAGGUGUUGGUGGACAGUCCACAAGCCCUGGACCGGCUGAAAGGAAGGCCUUUGCGGACGGGCCAGCCCUGGAAAGUGUGGUUGAAGAUUGACUGCGACAACGCACGAGCCGGCGUGAAAGCCUCAGAUCCCGCCGCUGUGCGUCUCGCCAAGGCUGUCUCCGAAGGCGCGACAGAGCUGGCGGGCAUCUACGCCCAUUGUGGCAACUCGUAUGGCUGCCAGGGGGUGUCAGAAACUCAGUCGGUCGCCCAGAGGACCACGGAGAUGACUCUGAAUUUUAUGGAGCAGCUCCAGGAAGCUGGGGUGCCCUGCCCGAAGUCCAGCAUCGGCUCCACGCCCUCCUGCAGCCACCCGGUGCCCAUCAUGGCCAAACUCAGCGAAGUUCACCCGGGAAAUUAUAUUUUUUAUGAUGUCCAGCAGAUGCUGAUUGGCUCCUGCCAGCUGGAGGACGUGGCCGUCCGGGUCUGGACGCGAGUGAUCGGUCACUACCCUCAUCGGAACCAGCUGUUGGUGGACUGUGGCUGGACUGGCUUAAGUCUGCACAGCCUGGGCCAGCUCCCGACAGGCUUUGCCUUGGUGGACGGACACCCGGAGCUCAAAUUGGUGGGGAUUACUCAGGAGCACGGAAAAAUCGAACCCAUGACCGGGAAGCUGGAUUUUGCCAAGUUCCCUCUGGGCAGCCUCCUCUCUCUGAUUCCUUAUCACGCGUGUGCCACAGCCGCGAUGCACCCCGUCUUCUUCGUCCAUAGCGGGGGCCGUGUUGUGGAGACGUGGAAGCCGGUGCGAGGCUGGUAAAAAGACAAGAUAAAGAAGAUCUGCAGAUCCUGGGCAAUGGAGUCAUUGGAUGUUUUAUUUAGAUGAUGGAUUCCCACAAUUGUUCGACACCCAGGAACUUUCUGUUGGCGCAGGAAUAUUGCAUCUCAAUUUAGCAAGGUCUGAAUUGGCAACUUAGUUGUACAACAUGUAAAAUCCACUCUAGAACAAGCCAGAAAUCCACAGGUUGUUGAACCAUCCAACUCAUAAGAAGCCAUGAAUGAUGGUUUAUAAAGAUGUGACCAACUUAAGUCGGUGAAACAAUUCUGUUUGUGAAAAGAGGGAUCCACCCACCAGUACAGGUUGAACUUGACUUACAAUCACAGUGGAGCCCAAAAUUUCCACUGCUAAGCAAGACAGUUGUUAAGUGAGUUUUGACCCAUUUUGCGACCAUUCUCGUCACGUUUGUUAAGUGAAUCAUUGCAGUUGUUAAACUGGUAACACGGUUGUUAAAUGAAUCCAAUUUCCCCGGGGCACUGCGACUGUUGUAAACACGAGUCAGUUGACAAGAGUUUGAAUUUUGAUCACAUGACCGCGAUGGUUGUAAGUGUGAAAAACGGUCAUAAAUCACUUUUUUCAAUGCUAUUGUGACUUCAAACAGUCAUUAAACAAGCUGAAGGCCUCCGUAUCAAAGGCAUCCUAUUGUCUCUUGAAUUGCGUUGAAAUCCCUUGAGGAAGGAGAAAGGACCUUGUUUUGCAUCAGGUGGAGGAUUAUGGUUAGGGUAGUCCACCAUUGAGAUGGAGACUAGAUAGAUGGAUUUCGGCCUGAUCCCUCAAGGUCUAAACCUAGUUGAAAGUCUUUGCAAUUUCCCGACCAUCUUACUGGCCUUCAUCUUGGGUGAUGUCACAUGAGACACCCCGCAAAUUGGAAAUUAAGGCAGUCUUCCCUAGUAGGAAGGUAAAAAGCUGCAAGGAGGGGCGGAGCUUCAUCCAUGAGGUCCCGCCCACCCUCUUACAGAUUUGACACCACUCCCAGGAUGCCCCCUCUUUCGUUGUUGCUGCUGUGACCCCAAUAUUCAGAUUCUGCCUCCAAAGCUGAAGGCACACUGGUUCUUACCCUCAGUAGUUUGAAUUCCCAGAACCCCGUUUAAAUCAUGCCCGCUGGGGGAUUCUGGGAGUGGAAAUCCUCCCCUCUUAAAGCCUGCUGGCUGGGGGAUUCUGGGAGUGGAAGUCCUCCCCUUUUAAAGCCUGCUGGCUGGGGGAUUCUGGGAGUUGAAGUCCAUCCAUCUUGAAGUAUGUUGGCUGGGGGAUUCUGGGAUUCGAAGUCCAUUCAUCUUAACAUUGCUAAUAUUGAGAAACGCUCCGACUUGCAUUUUUCGAUUCACAGAAUCAAAAUCAAGUGUUGCCAUUUUCUAUAAGCAACUCCCGAUAGCUUUUAAGGCUAGGCCGUUGGUCCUUCCACGCGGCUAAGCCUGGUUCCUAGGAAGAAUUAACUUAGCAUUAAGGAGAAACUUCCUAACAGGGGGGACAAUUCACCAGUGUAAGGGCUUGUCCCCAGAAGUUGUGGUUUCUCUAACACUGGAGGUUUUUCAAGAAGAGAAGGGGCAGCCAUUUCUCCUAAAUAGAAUAAGGACUCUUGCUUGAGCAGGGGGUUGGACUAGAUGACCUCUUCCAACAUUCCGUCUUUCUGUUAUAAGCAGGAUCAAUUGCUUUCUCUCCCAUAUGUCUUCAGCAAAAGCCACCCAGUCCGUUAGUCCACAUGAAGGAGGAAGGAAGCCCAGAGGCAUCAAUUCUUGAUUCCUGGAGCCAUCUCGGACUUCAAAAGAGGGGCUCAUAAAAUUUGAUGGCCUUUUCUGGGCGGGGGGGGGGGAAACCAAUGGCACCUUCCCCCCCCCCACACACACAUUUCCUCCCACCUCUCUGAUCUUCCCCAACGACCCCUUUGAAGUGGCAUAUUGUGGUCUUUUGCAUCCUGGAGAGUAAAAACACAGAACCUUGACAAUUGUUGAAUUGGGCAGGUACAACCUUCCAGAUGAGAGAGGCUGGCUGUAAAAACCCUUGUAAAUUGUUGGCAAUAGUUGUUCCACCCGAAUUGCAAAUUCCUCUCUCUCUCUCUCUCUCUCUCUCUCUCUCUCUCUCUCUCUUUUUUUUUUUAAAUCUCCCCAGGCAUUCUUGUUUGGGAUCCAUUCUUUUAUUUGAUGAUUUAAUAUUCUUUUAUUCAAUGUUUCUGCAAGGCGACUCUGGGCCUUUUACAGAUUAUAAAAAGACAAAUAAUUAAAGUGUUAAAAUUAUGCAAAUUGAAAUUUUAAGACUAUGCUGUUCUUUUGAAGCCGGACCCAUAUCCGUUCUGCCUCUUCCUUUCCUUUUUUUUUUUUUUUUUGCAAAGAUGUCAUGUCUGUUUCUUCCUGCUUUGCAGUGCUUUAUUUGAUGCAAAUUGUUUAUUUUGUGGCAUUUUAUGAUUUUUUUUU